AAGUUAGCAAUAUGUAGGGAAAAUUCCUUCUUCUUCUUCACAAGCAUAUUCAAAAACGGGGGACGAUUGAAGCUUAGCAAUUAAAUUAUCACCAAUUGUGAACAUUAACUCAAAAUAUUUAUCAUUGCUCUCCGUUCUAUAAGAAAAAAAACAUUUCCGCAGGAACGCUAGAAUGCUCCAAAUAACAGUUAAGUAAUGUUCUUAUGCCGCAAACGCACAAAGUAAACAUUGUUACGCCAAAAAGACGCCAGCAUGCCGGAGACACACAAUGCCCAAAAGCAAAAGCAAAGCAGUCCACCAGGCGUCCUUCACCUACGAGCACGUUGCUACGAUUGUUGUCGCCAUGGAAAAGCGAAUCUCGCUCCCGUGCCUGUUUCGUGCACAGCGUAGCUUUCCCACAUCACACGCUGUGCGGAUAGGUCGUUUUUCCCGCGGAUAUUUUCCAUUUCCUGCCCAUUGCCGAUGCUAAUGCGGGAGAUGAGAGAAAAUUGACGCAAAGUAAACGAAGGCCGUCUGAGAAAAGAAUGGUUUAUUUUUUUUUUGCAAAAGAAAGAGAGAUUGGAGAGGAAAAUUCUCUCUUCUCCGGGAUUGAAAAGCUGGCAUGAUUUAUUUCCCGUAGUUUUCCACCGUGAGAAUGGAAAUAAGGCGACAACUAGGGAGAGAGAGAGAGAGAGAGAGAACGAAUGGUUGCUGCUCUGCGCAACAUGCGUUCGUUUAAAGCGCUUUGAACACAAGUACAGGAAGAGGCAGGUACGGGUUUGGGAAAACUGUACAGAAGAAAAUUCGGCAUCGGUAAAGGUUCCAAACGGGUAAGAGCACUCUGCGUUAGUGUGUUUUCGGAUUCGGACGCGUUCUGUUGUUUGUACGCUUGCGGCCAUUCGUAUACGCGCUUUUGCUUCUUUCACCGUCCUUGGACGAGUUAGGUGGUCUGGUGGUGGUGUCAAAAGUUUCAAGGAAUUAAUACUACUCCAGUGCAAAGUGUUGUGUUUGGGUGAAUUAUUCCCUUCGUUACCAAGUGUCGAACGAUUGCCGUUCGCAAAUAAUAAAAGUGUCAACGAGUGAGUGAACAAAAAGAGAGGAGUGGAAUAUCCACGUUUAAAAGAAUGAUCGGGCAGGUGUCACCGCGUCGACGAUAGCGCCCCCGAAGCGGUUGGUUCCCGUCCGCACCGGUUGGCUGUACGAAUCGUUCAGUCGCGUGCAAGCGGACGACGCCACGGAUCUACGGGUACACGCCGGCUGGUCGAAGGCGUCCCACUACGGCUACGGUCUGGCCAAGGGUGACGACUACAUCGACCGCCAUCACGAGGUCAACGACGACGACGACGACGACGACGAGGAGGAGGACGGCGGCGGCGGCGGCCGGUGCAUUGGUGACGGAGACGACACCGCCAACCAGCAGGAGGAAGAACUCGACGGUGGUGAUAGUACCGCCACCGACGGUAGAAACUACGGUGAGCUUACCGAACUUCGACCGACCGGCAUCAUCCGGGGUCCAUCGAGACGUGGACAUCUUCCACCGCCACCUUAUCACCAGCAUCAUCAACAUCUGCACCAUCACCAUAGCCAUCUGCCGUAUCAGCAGCAUCAAGCGCAACACCAACCGCCACCACACUAUCGGGUGACAUUUGACGAACGACCACUGGUAUCGCACCAUCAGCUCGAGAUGGAAUCGGUUGGACAUCAUGUGGCGGUACCGUUGCGCGUCGGUGGCAAAAAGAUGCGCAAGCGGCGCGAACUAGAUGCGCUAGUGGCACAUUCGCUUGCGAAAAGCUCGAAAGGUGGGCGACAUGCGGCCAGCAAUGGUGUAGCAUCGCACGAUCAACUGCUGUCGAAUUCAACCGACGAACAGGAAGACUAUUCGUGGCAACCGAAGGUUCGCACACAGUCCCGAUGCCGGACGAAACGAUUCUCCUGCUUGCGUACCUGCGGUCCGCUGCUGUUCGUGUCCUGCAUCUUCAUCUCGCUGGGCUUUAUGUACUGGCUGUAUUUCGAUAUCCGGCAGCAGAUAUCACAGUAUCGCAUCCGCAUCGAGCAAGUUUCAGCAACUAGUCAAAAUGUUCCAGAUGCACUACAGAAAUGGCACGAAACGUCCAAAAACUUGGAACAAAAUCAAACUGCACUCAAUGGAAAGCUGCGAGAAAUGCAGCAAGUGCUCACCAACUUCUUUGCCGAGCUCAAACAACUCCGGGAGACGAUCGACAAGAAGAAUGAAAACUCACAAGAGGCGCAGCUUAAUCGCUUACAGUCGAGUGUGGCCGAUCUGGGCUCCAACAUAGGGGAUUCGAAUUCUCGUAUCGGGUUACUCGAAACACGCUUCGAUACGAUACAGACCGAUCAGAAGCAGCUGAACAAAACGCUCGACGAUUUGCAGAAACUAUUCAGUCGCAUUCAGAACAGCACUGUCGUAACGGAUAUUAUCGGCGGGGAUGGAAUGGCGAAAGGUAUGGAAAAAACGAUAGCUGAACUGCGCGAUCAGCUGACCGGGCAGCUAAACAAUCUCGCCCAAAACGUAACCGGCGAACUGCAGGUGCUAAAGCAGAAAAACCUGUGGCUCGAAUCGGACCUAAGCAAUCAGACGAAGCGCAUCGAGCAGCUGUUUGACAACACGGUAAACAUUUCCUCGCACGUACUAUCGAUCGAGGCCGUUUGGAUGGAGGCACGCAACAAUGCAACUGCGCUCGAAGCUGAUCGUAAGAUUAUAAACGAGCAGCUGGGCGCACUGGCAAACGUAACCACUGGGCUGCACGGUACGAUCGAGAAGGUGCAGGAAGAAUGCCAACAGUAUCACAGCAAGCUCGAUGAGGUCAGAGGGAAGCUCGGUGAGCUGCAGGACCAAAUACAGCAGAAUGCGGCAAGGAAGGAAGCUUCGUUACAUCGAGCAGGAGAGGCAAACGGAACGGAACAGGUGAAGGAGGAUAAUAUGCCGCCCGUACUAUCGCAAUUUUUCGAUGAACAGCAAACAGUUAGUACGGCAAGUGCACGCACUUCUGCUCCGCCCAAACCGACCGCUGCAUCAUCCAGCACUAGCACAACGAGUACCACAGCUCCACUGACAAAGCUGCUGUAUCCUGGUACGUUGGUGCAACAAUUAUCAACCACACCACAACCAUCCAGCACUAAAGCGGCGGACGUAGCAGCUCCUGUAAGUGGAAACACCGUAAGCAAAAAAUCUGAUGGUCCUUUCGAUUCCCUAAUGUAAGCACGGGCCAGUAAGAUAAGCAGAACCGUCAAUAUUGGAAGAAAACGUAAGAUUUCUAGUAUGCAGCAAAACAUGCCUGUGGUGGUGAAUGUAAGUAAAGUUUUUUUUCCGAUAUCCGGACAACGAAGUUUGGUGCAGUUAAAUGUAACGUAGUGUAUAGGACACCAUACAGCGCAAACAUUCACUUUGCUCGGGAUGAAAGAGGAAGGUAAACCAAAGUUUUAAAUAGGAUCGAUUGUGAGCGUAAACGUAAGAAAGCAGGAUGUAUGCGAUAGCAAAGAGUUACGAGAGAAACGACAAUGUUGCUGGAUAAAACAAAAUGCAGAAAAGGAAAUUAUGAUAGAGUACUGAUACAAGCUUAAUGGAGUUACAAAACGAAAGUGUGUGAUUAAAUGAGAAUCGAGAACGAACGAUAGAAAACGUAUGUGCGACAGCUUAAAAUUGAUAGUAACGAGAGAGAAAGAGAGAGAGAGAGAGAAACUAAGUGAAAUGGUCAACAAUAACACAACAACAUUUACCACAGGAAGAAAUUAUUCAAAAUAAUGUUCGGAAAGUUAAAUAUUACGUUUGUUUUUUUUUUGUACAAUUUGCACUAAUUAGAAUCACAUGUGUAGAGACAAAGGACACACAAACACACAGUAAAAACGGUAUGUGUUAUUGAGCAAUCAAACAGUAAGUAUAAUUUUCAAUACGCAUAUUAGCAAAUAACAAAUCAAAAUCGAAGAGUUACAUAUGUGAGGAAGUGAAAAAACACAAUUGAAAUCAACACACAUCGAACAUGUCGCGGACAUAUAAUAGCGAAAAAACAUAGAUUCUUAUGCACGUUUCCUCCAUAGUAGGGGUUUAUUUUCUAACAAACUACACCACUUUUUUCUGAUGCAAAAGUAGUUUUCACAAUUAGAACAAUACACCAUAACAAACAACACAUUCGCUUAUGUUUACUCAUUAGUAAUGUUAGUAAAUGGUUCCCUUCUUCGAUGACGUGGUAAAAUAUGAGACGAAUGUUAACGAAUGUUAAGCCAAAUCACAUACACACACACACAAGUACAUAUGUAACAUCAUACUUUCAGUACCUUACAAAAUUAUACAUUUGAAACCAAAAGAAAACGUUUGUUCGUAGUAAACAAAAAC